GAACAUAUUGGUGGUAGUACUCAAACUUGAGUAUCGUGGCAAAGAGUCCAUGCUUGGAUGAGUUCCUGGAGCAAUAGGUACCAAAGUAGUUCAUUGUGCAUUGUGAAGUUGUUCUGGAUCAGCUUGGAGUGCGUCCUUCGAAACUGGAAAUACCAAAUUCCGUUCUAGAUAAUUUGCUGCGCAUGCAGAUGGCAGAUGAUCCUAGUCUAAACUUUGGGGAAAUUCCUCAGUCCUUCUGCAGCCAGCAAGUUGUUUCAUUUCAGCCAAGCGCGACAACUAGUGGGUCAGGAGUCAUGCCAGUGUACCUGGACUGUUCCAGUGGGAUGGACAGCAACACGGUGAUGUUGAACACCACACCUUCUGUGGUUGUCUCCACCAGUUCAUCCAAUACAAUUGCUGAUCCAGGGCAGAACCUCAAAUAUGGAGGGCCCCUGGCUGCUGAUUGGACACAUCUUGAGCUUGAUGUGCUGAAAGAUGGCCUCCAGAAAUAUGUAAAUGAACAAGGCAUCAUGAAGUAUAUAAAGAUAGCAGCUUCAUUACCUACCAAGACUGUGAGAGAUGUUGCUAUGAAGUGUCAGUGGCUAGGGAAAAGAGAAAAUUCAAGGAGACGGAAGUCUGAAGAACAUCAUGUUGGAAGAAAGGUGAAAGAAAGAAAGGGUAAAAUAGCCGAGCCUUCCUUAUGGGGUACCAAUCAUCCAGUUCAGACGGACACAAGAGUAUCUUCAUUUGUGCCACAUAAUGCCAUUCAAAACAGCCAAUUUCAAACUGGAGCCACUGAAAUAGAUCGUGCAAUGCAGCAACUGCUAGUACAAAAUGAUCGACUUCUUAAUCAGAUAGAAGCAAAUAUGCUAGCAUGUCAGCCGCAAAAUAACAUGGAGCUCUUCCAUCGAGCAAGAAGGAACAUCAAUGGUCUUCUACAGACCAUGAACCAAAUGCCUGGGAUAAUGAGUAAGAUGCCUCCGUUGCCCGUCUCAGUGAAUGAAAAUCUUGCUAGCUUCGUACUUCCUGGUCUUACAAUGCCACAAUUUCUUGGAGGCAGCCAUUUGAAGGAGGAACCGAGAUGGUAAGUCACUGACAAGAGGUUGCACAUGAAGCAAAAUUUAAACUCCCCUCAGAAUGAAAUAUUUGGGAAUUACUGCUGUCAGAUGGUGAUGACUGAUGAAUAGAACUACCAAGGAUCCUGCUUUCUCUAUCAGAAGGCGAAGGGGAGGUAACUGUAACCAGUCUGCUGCUCGGCCUCCACUGACAUUGGUUGAACGCCCCUUGCCAGCGACAAGCCUGUAAGAUUGGUGGCUGAACAGUAAUAUUUUUCAGGAAACUUCAGUUUUGCUCGUCUUGGUGCACCUGCACAUAUUGCUAUUUCUUCUUUCGAUUUCUCCGGUCAGUAUAGUGAAUAGAAGAUGUAGGAUAGGAACUCAGUUAAUAAGUACUAGCUAGCUAUUUGCUAAGCUUAGCAAAAGAGGAAAACAAAGCCUUUUUGCCCGUUAAC